AAGUUACUGGAAUGAUACUUAUUAAAGUUAUUUUAUCAGAAAUUUAAAAAUAAAAGUACAUAUUUUUCAGCUCUUAGUCAUGUUGGUUGUUUGAGAUAAACAGAGGGCGGCUUGAGUGCGAAGAGAAAAAGAGAGGAUUCAGUACAUAGGAGAACAUCCCAGGCGCCACGUGGCAAUCCCCAUCCACAACAUCUGGUGCCAGUCACCGCAUCAGCAACCAAAGCUUAGUUUUCUAUUGGGUUGGCUCACACUGGACCACACACUGCUUGUGGCUGCAAAUCAUCUUCCCCAACAGAAAAAUCCCUCUUUUCUUCCUUCUCUCUUUCUCGCUUUAUCUCCAAUCCAAGGUUGAUUACCAGUUUCUUUCCAUUUCUUGAUUUCUGUACUCACUUUUAACUUCCCUAAUGCUUGUAUUUUGAUGGGUUUCUGUCUGUUUUCUCUCUGCUUCCAGAUGCUCUCAUAAAGAAGAUGCUAUCUGACGUCAUCUCAUUCCUAUUUUGAUCCUCUGACCAUGGCAUUUAAUGCAAGCCAGGUUUCAAGUGGUCCUGUGGUGGCUAAGAGAAUAGAUACCUCUCAGUCUCCUGGAGUUGUGUGUUCUUUUGCCAAGGCAACAAAACACAGUAAUUUACCUCCUGCAAGUCCUGAAGUUGUGCUUCAUCAUCCCCGCAACAGAUAUCGUUUGACUGCAAAAUCCAGCUUCUCCAGUGAUGGAUUAUGGAAAGUGCUUGCAAAACCAGUUAGUUUUUGGGUUUCACGGAGAUCUUCGACAUCAUGCUUAUCGACAAGGACGCAUAAAAGUAAAGCAAAAGAAUGUGAUAAAAGUUAUAGUGAUUCUUCAGAAAUAUCCAGUGCACAAACCAGAGGGGAGGAAAAUGAGGACCCAGUCAUGCCUGUGAGAAUUAUUCAUUCAAGUGAGGGCUUAGCUGAAGCUUGUAAAUAUGUAUGCAAUGAUGCGAAAUAUGUGAAUGAGAGGGCUCGUAACGACAUUUUCUUGCUUUCUCGUGGCAUAAUGAGGCUGGAUGCACGUGCACGUCAAGAUGUUGCUAUUCUUGGUUCAGGGUUUCUUAAACUUGAUGCUCGAGCAAGAAAGGACACAGAGAAAAUUGAUCGUGAUGUCAAGGAAAAGGCCGAGCGUCUUCGUCAUAUUGCUACUAUCUUAAAAGACAAAGCUCAGUCUAGAUUAAAAAGGGCUGCUGAUAAGCAUUGGAGUGAUGGUGCUUUGGAGGCUGAUCUACGUCUUGCUGACUACCGUGCCAAGCAACGUGCCAUGGAAGAUUCAUUAAUGGCUUUGGAGUUUAUUAAAAAUAUUCAUGAUAUGAUGGUGAGGAAGAUGUACGACUUCCCUCUGCGUAGAGAAAAAGGGCUUAUAUCAGCAAAUGACAUGAUGGAGCAUAUAAUGCUUGAGAAAAAUGGCAAAGCUCUUGACUUCUUCCCUGGGGAAGUCUCCACUGACCGUAUUACUGCUAUUCAGGAUGCUUACUGGAGUAUGGCGUCUGCACUGUCUGAAGCUGAUGGAAUUGACUAUACUGAUCCUGAAGAGCUUGAAUUGGUAGUUAGAACACUCAUAGAUCUUGAUGCAAUGGAUGGUAAAAGUAGUGCCUCACUAUUGGCUGAAUGUUCGAGUUCUCCUGAUGUUAAUACUAGACAAGCAUUAGCAAAUGCUUUGGCAGCAGCCCCAUCCAUGUGGACCCUCGGAAAUGCCGGCAUGGGAGCAUUACAGAGACUUGCAGAAGAUAGCAAUCCAGCAAUUGCUACUGCAGCAUCAAAAGCCAUUUAUGAACUGAAGAAACAGUGGGAAAUAGAGGAAGGAGAUAGCUGGAGAUUUAUGGUGAAUCAAAAUCCAGCGAACGAGAUAGAUAGCAAAGAAACCAAAGGGGAUCGAGAUACAAAGUGAUCCGAUUGAAAAAGAAAAAAAAUAAAAUAGUAAUACUGUAGAUAUCAACAUGUAGUCUUAAAAAUGUGGGUAUGAGCUAAAAUCCCACUCCCGCAGAAAAGAAUUUGUGUCCAUCAUUGUUCAUGCAAAGAUGAACUUUACAACCCUAAUGUAGAAUUAUUUUGGUCAGUUUUACAGCUUUGGCAGGAAGUUCCUUAAUUCAGGAACAGAGAGCCACAUAGUUGGGUGUGAUCGAGUCUAAAGAGCAUGCCAGACAACCUAACUGGUGUUCAAGUGUCGAGGAAAAUGACCGUUGCCUAAAUUACUAUAGGCUCAGAAAUUUGGGCUUCUUUUAGUAUGUGGUAUAUUUUAAUUUUUAUUUAAAGAUAGCAAUCAAUUCUGAUAUGGUAUUCUGGUAA